AUGGCUAAUCUCAGCCGCUCUAUGAAAUACAUUGCUGCUUACUUAUUAUUGGUCAACGCCGGUAACGCUUCUCCAUCUGCUGCCGACAUCAAGGCCGUUUUGGAAUCUGUCUCCAUCGAAGUUGAAGACGAAAAGAUCGAAAAGUUGUUGGCUGAAGUCGAAGGUAAGAGCGCCGAAGAAUUGAUUGCCGAAGGUAACGAAAAGUUGUCUUCUGUUCCAACUGGUGGUGCUGCUGCUGCUUCCUCGAGCGGUGCUGCUGCUGCCUCCGGUGACGCCCCAGCUGAAGAAGAAGCUGAAGAAGAAGCUGAAGAAUCCGACGAUGACAUGGGAUUCGGUUUGUUUGACUAA